ACUAGUCGGCCAGAAACCGUCAUUUGUCUAUUAGAAUUGAACCGGUUUGGAGAGUAGAUAGGAAAAGUACUUCUGUAGAUUGUUAUAAAAUAUCAGAAACAAUGCCAGAAACAACUAAAACUGUCGUCUUAACCGGAUUUGGUGGAUAUGAAAAAUUAGAAGUACAAGAUUUGCCGAGAAAGGAUCCAGGACCAAAUGAAGUCGAGGUCAAUAUUCAGGCAUCAGGCAUUAACUUUGCUGAGCUGAUGUGCAGACAAGGCCUGUAUGAUAAUGCACCGAAACUACCCGGUGUGUUGGGUCUAGAAGGAGCAGGAAUCAUCAGUUCUUUAGGUAGCGAGGUAAAGUCGCUUCGAAAGGGAGACAGAGUUCUCUGUUUAAAAGCCUUCGGUUUAUGGACCGAAUAUGCUAUUGUUGAUGCAGAUCAAUGCUUUGUUAUACCCGAUGAAAUGACAAUGGAAGAGGCCGCUGCGAUUCCCGUUAAUUAUAUCACAGCUUAUCAUAUGCUUUUCGACAUGGGUAGCUUGCGAAAGAAUAAGUCUGUUCUAAUUCAUAUGGCAGCCGGUGGAGUGGGUAUUGCUGCCACUCAACUAUGUAAGACCGUUGAAAACGUGACAGUCUACGGUACAGCAUCUGCCGGCAAGCACGACAUUAUAAAGGAAAUGGGCGUCGACUAUCCGAUUGAUUACAGGACUAAGGAUUACGUACAGGAAAUUAGAGCUAUUUCGCCAAAGGGUGUUGAUAUUGUUCUUGACCCGCUUUCUGGAGAUGAUUCUAAUAAAGGUUUCGAUCUACUAAAACCGCUUGGAACGAUCGUUCACUUUGGAGCAGCAAAUAUGGUAACUGGAAAAACAAGAAGCUUAUUCAGUGUUGCUGCUACUUGGUGGAAGACAAAGAAUGUUAAUCCAUUAGGUUUGAUGAGACAAAAUAAAUGUGUAGCAGGAUAUCAUCUAGGGCAUUUAACUCACGAGAAAGAGCUUGUAACAUCAGCUGUUCUCGAUUUGAUUGCUCUGUAUAAGGAAGGAAAAAUCAAACCUAGAAUUGAUUCUGUUUGGUCAUUCGAUAAGAUUGGAGACGCAAUGGCGCAGAUGAACGAGCGCAAGAAUAUUGGAAAAGUGAUUAUUAAACCGCAUAAAGUUGAUUAG